GAACACCGUAAUGUAACUCUUGCAAACACAUGCCCAGAAACGAGACCUUGGCCCUGCCGAACAGGACACAGAUGCCUUGCCUUUGACUUCAUCUGCGAUGGCGAAAAGGACUGUGCCGAUGGCUAUGAUGAGGAUGAAGAAUUAUGCAUUGCAAAACAACGACCACCGGUGGAAUAUAUGGUUCAAUUCAUAACGAAGUACCAUGACUGGCUAAUUCCAGACAUUUUAGGAGAAGGAAGUCCAUUUAUUCUGGCGAAAAUGCUUGUUGAGAGUCCAACGAUUGAAGAUUACGCAUCUGCAGCCCACUUGAAUAAAGAGCAAUUCAGCAAUCUCUACUCCGUACUUGAAGGUGUUUACCUUCGCAAGGAAAUGCAACUAGUGCUAUUAGGAAUGCCAACAGGCGCUUGGUCCGAACUAUACUAUCUCUUUAAUCGAAUCAUCACCAGUGGAUUCGUAAAGAACUUCGAGGAAAUUGAUGAGUGA